UUUUUCAUGACUGCUGCCGUCCAAAGUCUACCCUUCCUCUCAUGCGCAAUCCCCGCUGCAGACCGUGCUACAUUAGCCCGUCUGUCUAACGACGCCGUGCGCCCGUGGGUGCUCAUCCGAGCCCAAGAGUACCGCGACAUCGCGCUCGCCCUCCUCUCCAUCUGCAAUGCUGUCGCGCCCAUCCACCGCGCCUUCCCCACAGAAGUUCUCUCCGAGAUCUUUUCACACUGUUGGCAAGACCCUCAAAGCAUCGCCGUCAUCCAUGUCUGCCGCCACUGGCGUUCGAUUGCGCUCAAGACUCCCAGCCUCUGGACCGCCGCCCUCGCCGCACCUGGAAAGCUGCUUUCCCAACGCCGGAGAUGCAGAUCCAGCCGCCACGAGUUUGCAGAGUUUGCCCUAGCACGAUCGUCUCCUCAGCCUCUUCGCCUCAAAAUUUACCACUUCCUCGAUCACUUCGCCACCACGCUCGCCCCACACGCUGCGCGCCUCGUCGAUCUCUACGUCCGCCUCGUCGAUGUAUCGAACCUCUCCACUCUAUGCAAGUUCCUCAACUCGGCUGCGCCGAACCUCGAAGUGCUCGGCAUCGCAUUUCCA